AUGGACGUCGUCCAUGGGAACUUCCUCAAGAACCCAGACACGUUCGACUGUUCUUUCUUCCGCAUCUCGCCUCGCGAAGCGCAGAACAUGGACCCACAACAACGCUUGCUUCUACGGGUCGCCUACAACGCACUCGAAGAUGCUGGCUACCUUCCAGACUCCACACCGUCCUCGGACCCCAACACGUUUGGCACCUACGUCGGCGCCGCGACCAAUGACUACGUGCACAAUCUCCGGAACGACAUCGACGUCUACUAUACGACAGGCACAAUACAUUCGUUUCUCGCCGGGAAGCUCGCGUACGCCUUUGGUUUUGGCGGCCCGUCCAUGGUUUUGGAUACUGCAUGCUCGUCCUCCCUCGUCGCCAUUCACCAAGCUUGUCGUGCGCUGCAAGCCGGAGAUUGCAAUGCGGCCCUCGCGGGCGGGGUGAACGUCAUCACAAGCCCCGACAUGUAUCUCGGGCUUGCGCGCGGUCACUUCCUCAGCCCCACAGGUCAAUGUCGACCGUGGGACCAAAGCGCCGACGGUUACUGCCGCGCCGAGGGAUGCGGCCUAUUCGUCCUCAAGCGUCUCGAAGAUGCCGUUGCGGACAACGACCGGAUCCGCGCCGUCAUCCGAGGAGUCGAAGUGAACCAGUCUGGGAACGCCCGGUCCAUCACCCAUCCCCACGUCCCGUCUCAGAUCGCCCUCUUCAAGCGCGUCCUGACGGCCGCUCGCGUCGAUCCUCUGGAUCUUAAUGUCGUUGAGUGCCAUGGGACUGGUACUCAAGCGGGGGACCCCGCGGAAGCGGAAGCGAUCCGGGCCGUUCUCGCGAUGGACCGCCCGCGCGACAAUUCGCUCCAUGUCACCUUCGUCAAAGGAAAUAUCGGACACUGCGAGGCCGCUUCUGGAGCCGCGAGCCUGGCGAAGCUGCUGCUCAUGCUGCGAGAGCAAACGAUUCCCCGGCACGUCUCGUUCCAGCAGCUCAGCCCAGCUAUCCCAGAUCUCUCUGUUAACAACAUCCUCAUUGACUUGGAGAACACUCCAUGGCGUCAAGUUGAGAAUCGGCCACGGACGGCACUCCUCUCGAACUUCGGGGCCAGCGGAUCGAACGCUGCGCUGGUACUGCAAGAGUACGUGCCCGUUGCACCACACUCUACCUCUAGAGAUUAUUCUCGGUCGUCAUCCACUUUCGUCGUCGCUCUCUCGUGCCGGACUGCAGACGCGGCGGAGAAACGCCGCCGGGCGUACCUCGACCACCUCAAAGCAACAGCAGAUCACCCCGCCGCCCUCGAAUCCUUCGCCUACUCCUGCACCGCUCGACGCCAGCUGCACUCGUACCGGAUAGCAGUGAGCGGCCGCACACAAGAGGACAUUCUCCGCGCCCUCUCUACCGCCCCUGUCCGCAUCGCUUCAGAAGCCGACAGGGUGGUGUUCGUUUUUUCUGGCCAAGGCCAGCAGUACGCUGGCGUGGGCGCAGAGCUCUACCGGAGCAUCCCUUUUAUCACACAGUUGGUCGACAACUGCGCUGAAACGCUUCACGACUGGGGUUAUGCGGGUUUUCGAGACCUCUUCGUUGAUCCGAACUCGAAGACACAGCAGCAGGGGCUGCUGGAGAGCACGCUUUUCGUGCUACAGUACGCGCUUGCGAAACUCUGGGUGAGCUGGGGCUUGGAGCCCUGCGCACUGAUCGGGCAUAGCUUCGGGGAGUUUGCUGCACUCGCCCUUGCUGGCGUCCUCACUUUGCGAGAUGCCCUGAAACUAGUAGUAGCUCGGGCGCGGUUGGUCACUUCGCUUUGCGAGCCUGGGAAGACGUCUAUGGCGUCCAUUGCAAUCUCCGCAGACAAACUCGCAAGCCUGCUAGUUGCGUUUCCAGAUAUCACCGUUUGCUGCUACAAUAGCGCUUCGCUCUUCACCGUAGGCGGACCUUAUGAGGACAUCAACGCCUUCUCCGGAGUAUGCCAGGCCCAAGCAAUACGCUGCGUCAUUUUGGACAUCCCUUAUGCCUCACACUCCGCGGCAAUGGACCCUAUCCUCGACGGCGCAUUGGUGGAGCCAGGGGACAACAGCACAUUCACCUCGGAGUACUUCUCACGGCACGCCCGCGAGCCCGUCAAGUUCCAGCAAGCGGCUCUUGCACUGCGGUCCUCCAUCGACCUCUCCACCGUCGCAGCGUUCAUCGAGAUCGGCUCACAUACCAGCACUCUCCCUCUUCUCCGCGACAUUCAGCAUCUGCACACGACCUCGCAGCAGAUGGAGCCACUCGCCCUUCCUUCAAUGCGCAGGGGCGCUUCGGCGUUUGACGUCUUGUGCGCGUCCCUCGUGCAGCUAUACCGCACCGCAGCACCCAUUCGGUGGAGAUGCGUCUACGCAGACCUUACCCCCCACGCUCAACUGGUCGACCUUCCGGCGUAUCCCUUCGAGCAGACGCGCUUCUGGGUCCCGUACCAGGAGCGGCCGACAUCCCAUGAGUCUCUCGCGUCACAAGGUCUUGGGGAUUCAGAAAGGUCGGAACGCUCGGAUCGAGCAUUCGGCGAUGUACUAGAUAUUCCCCUACGCACAUUCGCAGAGCUCAUUGAAGGUCAUCAAAUCGUCGGCACUCCGCUUUGUCCAGCGUCGGUAUAUGCGGAGCUGGUUCACGCAGCUGGGAAGUCUUCUGCAGGGGCCUUUGAUUCUACAAGUCCUUUCGAUCUGGUCGCGGUCGAAUUCACGACACCGCUCGUGUAUCUGCAGAACAGAGAUGCCAAGAUCCGCGCCGACAUAUCGUCUCUUCCCUCCGACCACAAGCAAAAGGCAUCAUUCACCGUCAGUACCGUCAACGCUCCGAACUUAACUCAGGCGCACUGCACCGGAUAUCUGAAGACCGUGUCUCUCGCACGUCGCGCGAGGAAGCUUCUCAGCGUCCGUGCCGUGCUAGACUCAAGGAUUCGUGAACUGGCCCUCAGCAAACCAUCCGGCUUCCAGAAAUUCUCGACGGAGGACGUUUAUGACAAUCUAUUCCCCCCAUUUGUCGUUUAUUCACCUCAGUACCGCACCAUCCAGACCCUUGUCGUCGACGCGUCAUCCCCAUUCCCCGCUGCGUACGCCGUCACGCAGAUCCCCACAGGGAACCAGCCGCACAUGCGCUCGCCCAUCUUCGUCGACACCCUUUUCCACGUCGCCGGCUUCCUCGCCAACUUGACGCAUGGCAUGAACGGUCGCGAUGCGCUCAUCUGCGACAGCGUCGACGCCGUGUGUUUUCCGGAAGACGAAGUCGAGGGCGCAGCGCGCGCCGCGGUGUACGCGCAUAUCGUCGACGCGUCGGGGCGCGGCGUCCUCGUAGACGUGUACGCGAUGGCCAUCGACGACGAAAAAGCUCCAGGACAGAUCAUCGCGCGCCUCCAGCGCGUCCACUUCGUCAACGUCGCCGUCGCCAGCCUCCAGCGUGCGUUCGCCACCGCCGCGCAGCCCCCUGACUCCACUCCCCAGGCGUCGUCCGUGGAGACCUUUGCAUUCACGGCCGAAAGCGCGAACUCCGUCCGAGAGAACGUCUUUCAAAUUCUCGCGGACACCGCUGGCCUCCCGCGCGCCGCGAUCGCACCGAACGCGCGGCUCGCGCACUUGGGCAUUGACUCACUCAUGCUCUGGGAGGUGUCCGCGUGCCUGCGCAAGCUGCUCCCCACGGACGCGCGCGAACUCAGCCCACGUUCCCUAGCGGACUCGGAGACCGUGACCGACAUCGUGCGACUCGUCGAGGAGGCGCAGGCGCGAAGCAAAUGCUCGCUACCAGCGGUCGACAGUGGGAUCGUCCUCUGCGACGCGAACGUAGGCACCGAAGGGGGCAGCCCGCCGGGCAUCGAGGAAGCCCGAACCGAAGACAGAGACUCGCCACCCUCUGCGCUCUCAUCGGGACCCGAGCUGGUCAGACUGCAGCAUGGGCCCGCGCACGCGCGCACGCUCGUGCUCGUCCACGACGGGAGUGGUUUGUUGGGCCUUACAAGCGGCUCCCGCCCCUCGGCUGCGACGUCUGGGCCAUCCGGAACACGCACUUCGCCGCCUCCGCCGCACGAGGGCGGGACGAUCGUCGCGAUGGCCGCCUCCUACGCGCGGCUGCUCCUCGACGAGCUGCGCAGAGACGAGAAGCGGUCAGUGACUGCGUCCUCGGCGCCCCGCCCCUUCCCUGACCCGCGCGCGCGCCAUGCGCUCCCGGACGGCGCGAUCGACACCCUCGCGCCUGCGGUGCGCUCGCCCGCGGCGCAUGCGGCGGCCGCACGCGCGUUCGCGACGUACGACCCAGGCUUUUCGCCUGUGCCGUCCGAGCUUCGGCUUGACGGUGUGCCUGCGGUGGUGUUCCGAUCGCGGGACGCCGCGGAGCAGGUGCUGUCGGGGCAGCCGUCGGAGCCGCUGCGGCCGUUCUUCGCGGGGUGUGGGGGCGACUUGGACGGGGAUGUGAAUGUUAUGCAGUGGAAGCGCCUGCUUGGAGGGGGCGUCCUGGCGAAGGAUAUCCCUGGAGACCAUUUCUCGGCUAUGAGUGAGGGCAAUAUUAUAAUGGUUGCCGACGCACUCAAGGAUAUUGUCUCGCGGACGUAG